GGCGCGGGGCGGGACGGGGCGGUCCCGGUCCCGCCCCCGCCCGGGGCCGCAGUGCCGGCCGCGGCCUCCCCCGGGAGGGAGGCAGCGGCCGCGGGCGGGGCGGCGGCCCGGUGGCGGGAUGGCGCUGCGGGCCGGCCCGGGGCCGGGGUGCCGCCAGAGGGGGCGGCCGGCCCGCGCCUGGGCGCCGCCGGCCCCGGCGGGAAGAAGCGCUGGGGGACGUGGCGGAGGCGGCGCGGCGGCCGCCCUGCCCGGCCGCCCGCAGGAGCCGCCCGCGGGGAGCGAGCCGCCCCGAGGGCCAGCGGCGCCCAUGAGUGCCCCGCUGCGCGCCUCCCCCGCGGGCGGCGGCCGUUUCCCAGCUCCGGCCCGCCGCCGCCCUCCGAGGGCCGCAGGCACCGCCGCGAGGUGCCCGGCGACGGCCCCAUGUCGCCGCGGAGCGCCGCCCGCCCGGAGCGCGGCCGCCCGCGCUGGCGGCAGCCCAAGGCCGGCCUGAGCCUCGCCUGCCUGCUGCUGGCGCUGCUGGCGCUGCGCGGGCUGCGGGCGCCCGGCGGGGGCCGGGGGGCCACGCGGCCCCCGCCCGCCUCCUGGGGCGUCGCGCAGAGCCGCUGCGGGCCGUGGCAGCCGCCGGCGCCCGGCUGGCAGCAGCGGGUGGACGGCCGCUUCCACGCCUUCCUGCGGCACCGCCACUGCCGCUACUUCCCGCUGCUGCUGAACCACCCCGAGAAGUGCCAGGGCGGGCGCGUGGCGCUGCUCCUCGCCAUCAAGUCGGCGGCGCCGCACUUUGCGCGCCGGGCGGCGGUGCGGCGCACCUGGGGGCGCGAGCGGGAGGCCCCCCGCCGCGUGCGCACCCUCUUCCUGCUGGGGACGGCCGGGCCGGGCGAGCGGGCGCCGGCCGUGCAGCGGCUCCUCGAGGAGGAGGACCGCGCGCACGGCGACGUGCUGCAGUGGGACUUCCUGGACACCUUCCACAACCUCACCCUCAAGGAGGUGAACUUCCUGCGCUGGCUCCACGUCUACUGCCCCGCCGUGGACUUCGUCUUCAAGGGCGACGACGACGUCUUCGUGCACACGGCCAACGUCCUCGACUUCCUCGAGUCCCGCCGCGGCGCCCGCGACCUCUCCUCCCUCUUCGUCGGCGACAUCAUCAGCAGGGCCUUCCCCAUCCGCUCCCCCCGGAGCAAGUACUACAUCCCUCGGGAGCUGUACGACGGGCCCUACCCGCCCUACGCCGGCGGCGGCGGCUUCCUCAUGGCUUCCCCUCUGGCCGAGAGGCUGUUCCUGGCCUCCGAGCGCAUCCCGCUCUUCCCCAUCGACGACGUGUUCCUGGGCAUGUGCCUGCGGAGCCUGGGCGUGAAGCCCGAGCCCCACCUGGGCUUCCGGACGUUCGGGAUCAGCCGGCGCAGGGGCAGCGCGAUGAACAGGGACCCGUGUCUCUACAGGAGCCUGCUCAUGGUGCACAGGCUGGAGCCGGACGCCCUGCUGGCCAUGUGGGACCUGGUGCAGGACGACAGGAUCGUCUGCGCCAAGACGCUCCGUCUCGCCUGACCCCACGGCCGAGGCCCGCGUGCCGCUCUCGCGCCCUUGGCCAAGCCACGGGGACGCAGUCCUCUGCCUGGCCGAGCCCCGUGUCCUUCCUCCGCUGCGGACGCCUCUCUUAUCCGACGCUAUCACCAGAGCUGCAGCGGGACCCGAGUCUGCGGCGCGUCGUUCUGCAAGGAGCCGCAGCUCCGCUUGGGACUGCGCACUGGAGCAGCGGACGUGCCCUGGCUGGACUCUCCCGUCCCUUUCAGUUUCUCUCCAGCACUGGGCAUAACUGGGCACAACUGGGCAGCUUCCCAGGGAGCUGGAGCUGGGCAGCAAAGCGGAGGAGAUGGCAGAGCACCGGGACGGACUCGGAAAGCAGAGAGACCGCACUCUCCUGGAGGACCACAAGGAGGAAGAGCAGCGAAGGGUAGCAGAUAAGGAAAAACACCCUCUCCUCUCUCCCUUAAGUCACCCACUCUCUGCACGCUGCAGAAAAAUUGCGAGCUGGGUCAUCUCCUGGUUGCUGUGUUAUUUCUAAAGGGUGCUUGCUGCGUUGUUUUGAAGGGGCGGUGAUGACGACUGCUUAAAUUUCUUGCAAAGAGCUACUGACUGUGCAGCUGGUGUCCCGGGGCCGGGGGGGUGCAGGUAGCACAGGCAGAACACCUUUGUCUCGGGGGAUGCUGGGGCGCAGGCACGCGAGCCUCCUCCGCUAGCGCAGCUCUGCUUCUGCUUUCCCGCUGCUGGGAGGUUACGGAAGGGGCAGCGCUCUGCUCAGCCGCCGGGGCAGACCUCCUCCCUCCAGGGUGGAAGGAGUUGCUGACAUCUCCCUCUCUUUCCCUGCUCCCCCCCGUUUCCCAGCUCUUCCCAAAGCAGGGGGUCUCGCUCGUGGAUAGCCAUCGCGAGCGCUCUCCGGAGCACCGGGCUUGCAGCACACCUUACGGUUCCUCGGCCCGUCCGUCCCCAGCUAGCGCAACCCCCCCUUCUCCCGCGCAGCGGCGGGAGGCUCGGGGCACUCGCACGGGUGUUUCGCUCCUGGCUCCGUUCUGCCUGCUGGAGCGCGGCACAGUCCGCCACGGUGCCUUCGCCGCGUCCGGGAGCGCAGCGGUGCGAGAGCGGAGGCUGCCCCGUCGCAGGCAGCCGUCCCGCUGCGCUGGUACCCCGAGGGCGGCUCUCCAUGGGUCAGUCAAGGGGGAGAGCGGGGCAGGGCAGCAAGACUGCUCAAGUAAACUUAAAGCUAUCGCCCAAAGAGCAGACUAGGCUCAUCUGUGUGCUGAGGAAGGGCAGCGGGCUUUUCAGAGCUGGAGCACGGCAAAAGCCACGUAACAUCCUUGGAGGAUCAAAGCUGCGGGAAGCAGAAGGUCCCGAGCGGGGUCACAGCCCCGUGUACAUGGUGGUGGUGGGGAGCACAGGCAGUUUGUCUGCACCUGAAGUUGCCCAAAAUGCUGCAGGCCGAGGUCCAGCGCAGCACUGGUGUAACUGCGGAGAGAGCUGUGCUCGGCUUAGCGUUACACCAUCGGGCCUUCCACCAGGGAAGCUAAAUAAGCUCUUCAAGCACUCCGCAGCAGCGCUGAACGCGUGUCCAAACAGGACGGCCCCGGACACAUCCCUCGGGAACGUGUGCGAAGAGUAAACUGGCCGGCAGGAACAGCGUGUGCUGAAAGCCGAAGGCAAUGGGCGUUUGUACUUUGAAAAGCCUCCACGGUGAGUAAUAAACACAGUACAAACCCCCGUAAUUCCUGUGCUCCUGCCAGCUACCAUAUUCUGAGACCCACAGCUGACAGGGUCCAGCGAAAUGAAAAGGCUCCUUCUGCAGGGUCAUAGGGAAAAACAGCAGGGUUUUGUUCAGAUAUGAGACAUCCCCUCAGCCAGCCUGUGGUGUCCACGCUCCUGCCCGCGUGUUUGAAGAGCUGCCCUGUGGUAGAGGUGAUCUCAGGAAAUCAGCACAGACGCAGUUCUUUCCCUGAGCAGCCUGAGGGCCCCAGGACAGAUGAUUGCUAAUUCACAGGACUGAGUAGAAGCAAAAAUACCAACCCAUUUGGACAGUCUGGGGCACUUUUUUGCCCAAGAGGAAUAUGAUUUUUUUUUAACUGGACCAUUAGCCAGUAGAAGUUUGAACCUUACAAGAAUCCCACAAGUAUUAGACCACACAGUCUUACAGCCGCCCAUGAAACCCUGUACGACUGUGCACUGCAGGGGAGAGAGCUGCCCGCCAGAGAUGUGCCACCUUUCCGCAACCGCUGCCCUUGAACGGGACUAAGCAGAUUCUCUGCUUUUGGAAUGCAAGCAGUAAAAAACAUCCAUCUACUUUAACUGCAGUAAAAUGGAGAUGCAGUUUUAAGAAGUUAUUUUAACAGCCAAAUAUCAACCCAAGAAGCACAAGCACCUUACAUUUCUGUUACCUUACAGGAGGUAAAAUACCCUGAUUAACAGGUCUGACUUGCUACAAUACAUUCUAGCGUUUUCAUAUUACUUUUUCUAAUUACUGCCAGUUUCUGGUGCUUUACUUAUUGCCAUCUGUCAAAGAUGGGAGCUGCUGAUUGCUGAGCACUCUGCAUACAGCCCAUUGUUUGCCAGCAAUUGCCAGCGCAUUCCUGACUCAAGUGGUUUCAGUCCUCCUGCGCUACCUCCUGCUUCUCCGCAGCAGCCUCGGGACCUCCUCCAAAAUCCUCCUCCAGGGUUUGCAUAGCAUCCCCGGGACAACAUGUAUUUUAAACACCAAAAUAAAGCAAGAAACUGCUAAAGAGUA